UUGAAAGAUCGCACCGACUGCGUCAUGGAGAUUUUGGGACCAAAUCCAACUGUUCCAGGCCUUUGGCGAUGCCACUUGCGGGAAAUCGCUAAGGCGCCAGCGUCUAGAACAAACCACUCCAUCAGCAACUGUCGCACGUGGUCAUUUGCAGCGCUCACCUUGCCAUUCUUUGCGAGGGCGGUUCUGCGACGUUCGACAGCACUACGAGCCACUGGCAUGGGCGAUGCAACCUUGAUGAAGAAAAACCGGAAAAAAGUCAAGGAGAUGGAGGUCGGUAUGCUUGAGGGUGCAUUGAAGACGCUCUUUAAGCGCAUGGACGAACCAGACAUCUUCAAGGUUCGAGAGAUCUUGAUGCGCCUUGCGAAGACCAACACCAAACCCAACCAGAAUCUUGCGGGAGAUUGGAUCAUCUUCUGGGCUUCUCGCGAGGGUUGCGUGGACAAACUUUUUGGCACUGGCAUGACUGACGAAGGCUGGUGGCUCCAACUGCAGGAGUACCUGCUGCGCCUGAGCACAAAGAAGCAAGGCCGCGAAGCUGAAGCAAUCGAAAUUGUGCGAAAAGUGGGACCAUUUCCCAAUCAGUCCAACAGUCUCAAAGGGACCUACGUUCCUUCUGGCACCAACAGGUUGAAGAUCAUUUUCACGGAAUUCAAAACUGACGAUGGCAAAGACAUGAAGCCUCGAGGAGAUCAGGAGGAAGUGGUCAUUGACGUAGAUGUGAUCUACUCCUCCAAGACAAUGAUUGCAUUGCAGUGGGAGGAUGCCAAUGGCGAGUGCGACUUCUAUGUUUUGACACGAGUCAACAGCAUCAUUGAAGAGAGAGACAAGUUCGUGGGCACAUCCAAGGCCCGGAACUUCUUCAACUGAUCGGUGCCAGCCCUGCACAGCCACAGCCACAGCCAUAUGAGGAAAAGUCACGUGUGUCGAGUUGUGUCGAGUAUCGAGUGGCUGUUUUCGAUGUUUCGUUUGUUC